AUGCAUAAAAUGAUCGAAGAAACUGCCAGAAAAUUUUUCAUUGCUAUAUUUAAGAAUGCCUGCGAGUGCGAACGACAAUUUUUCUUUGAAGCUGUGAAAGUCAAUCUUAGUGAUUACAUUUUACAGUCAAUUAAGAGAAAUAAUUUGAAAGAAAUAGGCACCAGAAACAGCCCGUAUAUAUGUGUUAAAAAAUAUAUGACACAAUCACAAACCGAAGUAUCUAUAAAAUCUUGUAGCAUUUCAAAAUUCAAUACGUUGAAUACAUUAUUUAGAAAUUAUAGACAGGAAUAUAAAGAUAAAAAUUUUAUGGAUGAUAUCAUUGAUAA